AUGACUCGGUCUACAGACGGCAGCGAUUUCAAAAGCUACUCUUGCUUGGCCUGUCGGGAGCGAAAGGUCAAAUGCGACCGGCGUGCUCCGUGUUGCAACUGCGUCAAGGCCGACAAGCAAUGCAGCUUCAUUCCCCCGGUGCGCGGGAAACGUAAAAGAACCAAGCCUCCCCGAGAGGGUCUGCACGCCAAACUGGAACGAUACGAGAAACUGUUGAGUUUACACGGCAUCAAAUCGGAGCCAUCCGACGAUCUCGAUGACUCCGACUCCGAAAGUGAUGCGUGCAUGGACGAUGCUAAUGCCGCCGACACCACCCUCGAGGAGACGAAGCCAAAACUCAUCAUCCGAGAAGGCGUAUCCAGAUAUUUUGACAGUGCACCUUGGUCUAUUUUCGGCGGCGAAUUUCAACAUCCAGAGGUCGGUGGACCUGUGGAUGAAUCGUUUUCCGACGAAAAUGGGUUGUUCUUCGGACAGAAUGAGAAAUUCGAAAAUCUCGCAGGCCUCCACCCGUCUGUGCAGAUACUGCCAAAGCUAAGGGAUAUAUACGCCGAUCGGGUUGACCCUCUGGUUAAAAUCCUGCAUCUUCCGACAUUCUCGACUGCGUUAGCAAAUGGACUGCGCCAUCCAGCGGAGCGAUCCAAAAGCCUAGAGGCUCUGAUGUUCGCUUUCUACCUCGCGGUCGUUAGUACUCUCAACGAAGACGAGUGCCAGGAUCUCUUUGGACUCUCGGAAUCGGUUUUGUAUUCCCGCUAUAGACUCGCCACUCGGCAAGCUUUGGUCAAUGCCAGAUUCCUGUCGACUUCCAACCCGAUGACUCUUCAGGCAUAUGUAUUGUUCAUGAUGUGCGUCCGAAAGAGUUACUCAUGCGACACCUUAUUUGUCUUGUCCGGCGUCGCCAUCCGGCUGGCACGCAAAAUGGGACUCCACCGUGACGGCUCAUUUCUCGGGCUCUCGCCAUUCGACGCAGAAAUGCGAAGACGGCUAUGGUGGUACUUGGUCCAUGUGGACUUUCGCAUAGCUGAUGUGCUGGGGACCAGACCGUCAAUGGAUAUUUCCUGCGCGGACACCAAAACGCCACUCAAUGUUGAUGACGAGGAUCUCCAUCCAGACAUGACUGACCUGCCGCCUGAACGCAACGGCAUUACCCCUAUCUCACUUUGCCUGAUCAGACACGAGAUCAUGGGCUUCUUGCAUGACUUCUCGACAUCGUCUGCUGCCGACAUGCGCUGGGAAGUACUACUGGGGUCCAAUGUGGCCCCCGCCAAUAAGGACAAUAUCAUCAGCCAAAUUGAGGAUCAUUUAGAACAAAAGUACUUGCGGUAUUGUGACCCGGCAAACCCGCUCCAUACUUUCGUAUCCAUCAUGAUCCGGUUCUGCAUAUGCAAGAUGAAGCUCGAAGCUCAUAAUCCGCGCCAAUUCGCCAGGAGUCCCCCGAAAGAUCUUCAAACCGAGCGCGACAUUGUAUUUACUAAUGCCACAAAGCGAUAUAAUGAAUGA